CUGGAAUGGAGGUGAGCAACGAAUGAGGGACGUUCCCGAACAGCUCCUAACAGCUCCCGUACCUUUCCGGCGCGGUUCGGUCCGUACUAGUCCAUGCUGAUGGUCUUUAUGAGUUUAACUAUCCGAAGAGAUCACAAGGAUUUUCCUGUCUUUCCUUACAACCGCCAUGUCCAACAAUCCCUCCUUUGUGCUGCGCUCUAUCGAAGAUGUUGCUUAUGAGGAACGCCCUGUUCCCGAGUCCGUCUCUGAUACGGAGGUGCUGGUAGCCAUUAAAAAGACGGGUAUCUGUGGUUCCGAUGUGCACUAUUAUGUUCAUGGCAAAAUUGGAGAUUUUAUUGUCAAGGAUCCGAUGGUUCUUGGCCAUGAAUCCGCAGGCGUCAUCACCAAAGUCGGCGCCAAGGUCAAACACGUUAAAGUUGGCGAUAAGGUAGCAGUAGAACCAGGUUCAACCUGCAGGAUAUGCGAUUCAUGUAAAUCUGGGAGAUAUAAUCUCUGUCCGGAUAUCGUCUUCGCGGCGACGCCUCCGUAUGAUGGCACACUCGCUCGGUAUUACCGCGUACUAGGCGAUCUCACUUAUCCAUUGCCAGAACAUCUUACCUUGGAGGAUGGCGCUAUGAUGGAACCUCUCUCUGUCGGAGUUCACUCGGUAUCGAACCUCGGGAAUUUCAAGUUUGGCCAAAGCAUCGCAGUAUUUGGAUGCGGCCCGGUGGGCUUGCUCUGUAUGGCCGUCGCCAAAGCAUUGGGUGCAAGGAGAAUCAUCGCUGCGGAUAUUGUCCCUUCACGUCUCGAAUUCGCAAAGAGUUAUGUUGGCGCGGAACCAUACCGGCCUCUUUCACCUAACAAAGAUGAGGCUAAGCUCGAUUACAGUAAAAGGAAUGCAGAAAACAUGAAAAAAACAUUGGGAAUCGAGGAUCGUGGAGCAAAUGCUAUUGAUCUUGUUAUCGACGCCAGUGGUGCAGAAGUUUCAAUCCAAACCGCGCUUUAUGUCGUCGGCACUGGUGGAACGAUGGUUCAGGUUGGAAUGGGAAAUCCCAACGUCCAAAUCGAUUUGUCCCAACUAAUGACCAAAGAGGUGGCAUAUAAGGGAUCCUUCCGAUACACUCACGGAGACUAUCCUCUCGCUAUCUCGCUUGUCGCUCAAGGAAAAAUCGAUCUCAAACCAUUGGUUACUCACCGAUAUAAUUUCGAAGAUGCCAUUGCUGCAUUCAAGGCUACUAGAGCGGGCAAGAGCGACGACGGAAAGGAUGUCAUCAAGGCAAUUAUAUCUGGACCCGAUGUAUCCCCAAAUGAUCUGUAGAAUUUAGUAGGUACUAUGUAUGUGUCUGGGAUUAUUCAAUUAUAGAUCUCCUUGCAGAGCACGUUCAA